GGACCACUGCAUUAUGAAACUGCAUCCUAUUCUGAACUGUUUGAUCCGAGUUCUCCUGAUUUGUUAAGUGUGUUGGCUACUUUUCACUUUUAUGCUCUAGUUCACUUUCAUUUCAUAGAGGUAUCACCAUGUCGGUGGCGUUUGCACCUCACAGGCAGCGCGGGAAGGGUGAUAUAACACCCGCCGGGAUACAAAAGUUACUUGACGAAAACAACCAGCUGAUCCAGUGUAUAAUGGACUUUCAGAGUAAAGGGAAAACAGCAGAAUGUUCACAGUAUCAACAAAUGUUGCACAGAAAUCUAGUGUACCUGGCGACGAUAGCAGACUCCAAUCAGAACAUGCAGUCUCUCCUCCCUGCUCCACCCACUCAAAACAUGCCCAUGGGCCCUGGUGGGAUGAACCAAAGCGGACCCCCCCCUCAGCCUCCUCACGGUCACAACAUGCCCUCUGAGGGUAUGGUCAGCGGUGGCCCUCCAGCCCCACACAUGCAGAACCAGAUGAAUGGACAGAUGCCUGGGCCUAAUCACAUGCCCAUGCAAGGUCCCGGUCCAGGCCCCAACCAGCCCCCAAACAUGCCCAGUGGCUCUAUGAAUAUGCCCCCCAGCAGCCAUGGCUCGAUGGGUGGUUACAAUCACACCGUCCCUUCUUCCCAAGGCAUCCCAGCUCAGAGCCAAAUGAACAUGACCCAGGGACAGCCCAUGGGCCCCAUGAUGCACCAGCAGCCUCCCUCCCAGCAGUAUAACAUGCCUCCUGGUGGUGCCGGACAGCACUACCAAGGACAGCAGAACCCAAUGGGCAUGAUGGGUCAGGUCAACCAAGGAAACCAUGUCAUGGGGCAGAGGCCAAUGCCGCCUUACAGACCCCCACAGCAAGGACCCCCUCAGCAGUACCCAGGGCAGGAAGACUACUAUGGGGACCAGUACAGUCACGCAGGACAGGGAGCCUCAGAAGGUAAUGCCCAGUAUGGCCAACAGCAGGAAGCAUACCAGCAAGGCCCUCCACAGCAGCAGGGCUACCCUCCUCAACAGCAGUACCCGGGUCAACAAGGCUACCCACCACAGCAGCAGGGUUACGGUCCCUCCCAAAGUGCCCCAGGACAGUAUCCUAACUAUCCUCAGGGGCAGGGGCAGCAGUAUGGGGCCUAUCGCCCUCCUCAACCUGGACCCCCACAGGGCCAACAGCAACGCCCUUAUGGCUAUGACCAGGGCCAGUAUGGAAAUUACCAGCAAUGAGAGAUGGUCACAGCAACCCACACAGCUCUGCUCUGAUGUCUGUCUGAGCUUUGACCUCUGGUCAACUGCUAAGCAGACUUAAAAUGAUGGUUGUAGCUCACUGAGAUCUCUCUCAGACACGAACGUACAACAAUCAAAAAUACAAGAUACGUUUCCCCUUCUCUUUGGGCUCUCAUCCUUGCCUAUAAAAUGUAUUCUGUUUAUCAUGUACAUUGACUCGUUAAUGUCAAAGUCCAUGACUCACCCUCUGAUCCAGUAUGUCUCAAAGCAGCAAUGCCUUAAAAAUGGAACUGCCUUAUCCUUUUAGCAUUGCAGAUUGUGAAACAGGCUAAAAAAAAAAUAAAUUUUGGAUAUCAGAGAUGAUUUUAAAUGUACAGUUUCAAUCUACUGUGGUGCAUUGUUUCUCUAUCCCUCAGCUCCUUGUUCAUAAGAAGCAAUAAUGCCAGCAGUAGGGAAAUGUGUGGGGGCUUGAAAUAAUGCACCAGACGAACUUCCCACUAGGCCAUGGUACAUGUCUUGAUGUAUGUGAUGAUGUAAAAAUAUAUUUUAUGCUUUUUAGAUCAAGCUAACUUUGUAUAAGACAUUGGAAACUAGUACUAAAGUUGUGUUGUUUAUUUCAUGAAGUGUAUGUGUCAAUGUUUUUUUAUGAUCUUUAAUGAUGAUCCCAUCCAGCACAUUUUUUUAUUUUAUUAUGUUUGUUGUGUUGACUUGUAUAACUAUUCAAUUGGGUCUGCUACUUCAGUGACAUAGACUGUGUAUGAAAAAUACGAACGGCAUAGCUGGAAUUAGAAAAAUGUUAAAUGUCUGAAAACACAUGAAACAAUCUGUAUUCUGUUAUAAGCUCUGUAUUUAGGUCAGUGUAAAAUAUAUAUCAAAUUUGAAUUAUGAAUAAAUAAAAACGUUUUUUUACAUUACUUGACCAAAUAAUGGCCACCGGCCUUUAUUUGACCCAUGUGCCCAAAGAGGUGAAAUGUAGCAGAUGCCUCUGCAAAAUCGUGAGUUAAUGCUCUCUGGAGCCUUUAUUUUUAUUUUAUUUUUUAUUACUCAAGCACCUCAGUCUUGUCCAUUGACUGCAAAUUGGUGAAUGGGAAAGAUCAAACUUGGUAUAUAAUACAUAUUUCUGACAAGUACUUUGUUUUUGUUAGUCUUGGCAAUGCUGGAAUCCCCUUUUCCCUUUGAAUAAACGUCUAAGUUGAUGUCAUUCAAAUAGUGUUGUGUGUGAAUAAUAAAGUUACUGUCAAAUAUGUAACAUAAGAUGUGAAAAUAAUGUUCUGAAAAUGGAUUCCUUAAUUUCACAGUAAAGACUGGUUGUGCAGUUUUAUAUCACUGGCUUGAUAUCUGUUUUAUGGUGCAUACUUUAUUGAUCCCAUAUGUACAGCUGCAUAAAGAAGAGGAAUUCAUUCCUCUACUAAUAUUGUUUAUAUGGCUGUUUUAAUAUUGCAUUCUGCACCCCAUCCAAGUGGUCACAUUUGUGUCAUGGCAAUGUAUAACUGUACAUUACAAUAAAUUGGAAGAAUCUUUAA